UGGCGGGCAGCUGCCGUCUAAACCGCUAAGCUCUCUGUUUACCUGGUGAAAGCGCGCGCCUUCGUCUGUGUGCCUACCCAUGGCGCUGCAGCUCACCCGGGAGCAGGGCAUCACCCUCCGCGGGAGCGCCGAAAUCGUAGCGGAGUUCUUCUCAUUCGGCAUUAACAGCAUUUUAUAUCAGCGUGGCAUAUAUCCAUCUGAAACCUUCACUCGAGUGCAAAAAUAUGGACUCACCUUGCUCGUAACGACUGAUCCUGAGCUUAUAAAAUACCUGAAUAAUGUGGUGGCACAACUGAAAGAUUGGUUAUACAAAUGUUCAGUUCAGAAACUGGUGGUAGUCAUCUCAAAUAUUGAAAGUGGUGAGGUCCUGGAAAGAUGGCAGUUUGAUAUCGAGUGUGACAAGACUGCAAAAGAUGACAGUGCACCUAGAGAAAAAUCUCAAAAAGCUAUCCAAGAUGAAAUCCGUUCGGUGAUCAGACAGAUCACAGCUACAGUAACAUUCCUGCCCCUCUUGGAAGUUUCUUGUUCAUUUGAUCUGCUGAUAUAUACUGAUAAAGAUUUGGUCGUACCUGAAAAAUGGGAAGAAUCAGGACCACAGUUCGUUACUAAUUCUGAGGAAGUUCGUCUACGUUCUUUCACAACUACAAUCCACAAAGUAAAUAGUAUGGUGGCCUACAAAAUUCCUGUCAAUGACUGAGAGAAGAGAUAAUAAGAAAAAUGUACUUGAAAUGCUCAGAUGGGUUUUCCCAAAACAAAGUCAGCUCUCAGUUGAUAGCUUUUAUUUUGUAGGUAAAUUUUCAGAUGGGGUAAUAACUUGAUACUCUGGAACUGUGCGUAAUCUGUUUUGUACCUGUUUAAUAUUCCAUGGCAUUGACAUGAAUU